AUGCGAACUGGAACGCAGCAUGCCGAGCCCGCAACACAUGGCUCCGCCCCCGCCCCCAUGACGAAAGAACGGAAGACGAACCGAAUGUCAUCUUCGGCUGACAAGCGCCGCAGCGCCGGCCCCGGCUCGCACAUCCUCCGCACGGCCUCCACACGCAGCGCCCUCAACCCGGUCGCUGGGAGCACCAAGGAAGGCGCCGUCAACGCGGGCAACGCCGUUGGCAGCAGCAGCAGCAGCAGCAGCAACAACAACAACAUCAUUGCCCCGCCACCAAGGGCACAGCUCGGCGUGGCGAGCGUCGCGGGAGGGAGUCCCGUCUCGGGAGACGAGGGGCCGAAACCAGGAGACACCGGCGGUGGGGCCGCGACGCAGAAGGAGCGGGAGACACACGGCGGGGCCAGUGGCAGCGGCACUGGUGGCAGCCACACGAAGGAGGCGGACGGGCAGCGCAUCGCGCUCCUGGAGACCGAGCUCGCGGUCAUGGAGGACGAGUUUGCGCGCGAGCUCGACAGGCUGAGCCGCAAGGAGAGCGAGACGGCAACGUUCUGGCAGGGCCGCGUGGCGCGAGCGGAGGACAGGGCGAGGGCCGCGUGCGGCGAGAUGGAGGCGCUGGAGGCGGAGUGCGUCGAGCUGCGGGCUCAGGUCCGAGGGUUGAAGGAGUUCGUGAGCACGAGUACGAGGACGGAUGGGCAAAGCGCCACGUCUGACGAGGUUUUUGGGGAAGGGGCCGCACGGCUGGGCAACGGACUGCAGAACUGGGUCAUUGUGCAUUUCCGCAGGGCCAAGAUUGAUUUUGGCAAAGCAAGCGAAGACGAGUUGGAGGAGCUGGCAGCCUUAGUCCCGAUGUAUGAGGAGUUGGCGGCCGCGGCGAAGGUGCACCUCCUCCAGUCGCUCGGCAGUUCCGCGACGUCGAGGAGACUCUGCGAUCUUACAGCAAGUUCCGAAGAAGCCGUCAACCAGUGGCGCUCCACAACGCUGACCUUGCUGCGCCGCGAAGCCGGGGACAAGAUGCACAGCGAGACGGACGCCGCUACGGAACGAGUCAUUGAGCGCAUCAACCGCGUUCUCGACGGCAUCACCGACAACAAAACGACCGACGCACGAGAUCAGGCCUUGAGGGCACUCAUAGUCAGCGCCAUUGACCUGGGCCGGCUGUUGGCCGUGCAGAAGGCAGUCUUUGGCGUCUUCAUGCCGGAGAUCGUGCCGCACCAGCAGACCAAGUUUGACCCUGCAACCAUGGAGGACGUCGGCGGUGAAGAUGAGGAGACGCUAUCCGAGCGGGAUAUAUGCUGCGUCACCUUUCCAGGCAUUAUGAAGAGGGGCGAUGAGACUGGGCGGAUGUUGGCAUACCGCAACAUCAUUGCCAAAGCGACGGUGCUGUGCAGUCCUGAAUGA